AUGGGGCUGAAAAGCCUUGUUAGCUCCCAGACCGCAGUGGCCUUCAAACCACUCAUCCUGCUCCUGGGGUCCACUGGUCUGCCUUGGGAUCUGUCGCUAGAGGACAGCUUCAAGCAGCAAGAAGAACCCUCCAAUCACCAAAAACCAUCUUGCAAAGAGAAAAAGAAAGAAAAAAUACCAAAGGAAACCCCAGACAUCAAUAGCAAGAGUGUAAACCCCAGACCUCAGAGGCUGCGAGGCAGAGGAAGGCUCGUGCUCCGGCGCUGCUGCCGGCAGGUGGACUCCGAAAGCCCUCACAGGAGGAGAGCUUCCUGUGGGGCUGGCAGACGAGCAGAGCCUGGGGAGGAAACUCCUCUUCUCCUCGCCCCUGGUCUCCCGUUCCCCAGCACCACUGGAGCAAGCAAGAUGAAGUGGAGGAGGAUUGCGAUCUUUGCCAUCCUGCAGGCGCAGCUCCCAGACGCAGGUGCUGUACCAGUUCUUGGGCUAACAGACCCAAGACUCUGCUACUUACUGGAUGGAUUCCUCUUCAUUUACGCAGUCGUCAUAACAGCCCUGUUUGUGAAGGCAAAGCUUAGCCAGGCCUCUGAACACCUGCCGCAAUCAGGCCAGGAUGAUGUGUAUAAUAAACUGUCUCGUGGGCACAGAGAUGAAUAUGAUGUUCUGGGGGCAAAGCGAGGCGCAGACCCUGAGCUGGGCGGGAGACACCAGCAGAGAAGAAAGAACCCUCAGGACACCAUCUACACUUCGCUGCAGAAGGACAAGAUGGGUGAGGCAUACAGUGAAAUUGGAAUGAAGGGCGAGCAGCAGAGACGGCGAGGCAAAGGGAAUGACGGCGUCUACCAGGGACUCAGUACAGCAACCAAGGACACUUACGAUGCUCUCCAGAUGCAGCCUUUGCCCCGCCGCUAAGUGGGAGUCACAGAGGGGUGGGCAGAGUGUGAGAUGCCCACCUGCUUUGGGGAGAGGAGGAGAAGAGGGACAACCUUUUCCAUCCACAAUAAGCACUGUGUGUUUCCUCAGUGCAACAACCUACUGGUUGGUGCACAGAGACAGUAGGGCUAGACUUGGUCAGUCCCUUCUCCCUUCCCUCCUGAACCACGUAACCACAGGCUUUAGCUAGGAAAAUGUACAUACCUGUAAAGUUGAUUCCAAUAAUAGUGGUUAUUAGGCUGAUUUUUGUGAGAUUUGUGUUGUGGGACCAGCCCACACCUACUAACACAGCUGUUUCCAUAGCUCUUACCUUCCAAGAUGCAUAAUUACAGUUUCAGUGCAUUUAAAGAACUUGUAAAGAUAGGGCUGUAGUUAUUUCCUGUACUAUUUACCUUAAGCCUAUUUGACACAGGCCAGCUAAACUUCUUGCUCUAAAGCUACCUUUUAAAAACUGCUUCAGUGGAAGACAACUUUAACUGCAAAAAGCGAUGCAAUGUUGCUGUAGCGAAGGACAGCAGCUGAACAGCAGCUUUGCAACAUGAAGAAAACACGCACCAGGCUCCAAGAAAACAUCAAGCACUGGCAUUGCCACUCAUCCGGGACUUGGAGCGAAACAGGAGCCAGGUAACCUGCGUCAGAGACUUCUGAGGAUGCAGAAGAUCCCUUGUUACAACAAAGACAGGAGAACAGACCUGGAUAAAGACAGUCAUAUUAGAAAAGCCAGGAAAACUCACCCUGGAGAAUCCCAUUUGGCUGAAGUGUUUUACCUAUCACUGCAGAAACAGGCUCCCCUUGCAACGAUUGGGUUGGGAUCUCUCAUGUCAGAAACAGACCCUGUCACUUCUGGCCAACAAACAAUGUACAAAAGCCCCUAUAAAUGCAGUUUCCAAACCAGUCCAUCACCAGGUUACCUUUAAAAGUGCUGCAGGUCUCAUUCCAAAGAGAUACCAUUUCAAUGAUGUAUUUUUGAUGAAUUAAUAAAGUUUGUGUCAAAGAC